AGUGAGGUUGGAUGGAGAGCAUUUGUGAACAGCAGUUUUAAUUUUCCCUGUUUUCCCCACCAAGAUUUACAUGCUAAAAUCGUCACUGAUGAUAGACAUUUUCGCAAUCUAAAAGUCAUAUUCCUAUUUACUUCCAGUGUAGUGAGAGAGACUUUAUCAUGGUGAUCCCUCAAGCAUUUCUCCAUGCUUGAACGCCAAUAACUCAGAUACACGUGAAAACAUGAAAUGACCCAGGGAAUCGAUAGAUAUAUAAAUAUCAUAAACCCUGAUUGACAUUCAUCAAUCAGAUCAUUCAAGCAAGACUUUAACCUUUUUGCAAAGAUUAUGGCUAUAAUUUUGUAGUUGUUAUUUAGGAGUGUGAUUGGAUGCCAAUUAUCAAUAUUUAAGAGAUCCUUGUGUGGUUUAGGUAUAAGAGUAAUAACCCCUUGCUUCAGAGAGGCAGGUAGUUCUCCCUUCUUUAUAGCCUCCAAGGCUUCAAGUAAAACUGUUGCUAUUUCUUCAGAGAAGGUUUUUUCUUCCCAAUACGAUGAGAGACAUCCACAGCCAUAUCCAUAUAUCCAUCGGAGAAGUCAUGUGCCACACGGUUACAGAUGUCUCUUACUUAGCGCUUCACAUACUCAUCCUGGUCCUCGGGGACACCGUAAAGCGUAGCCCCCACCUUCUCCGGUUACGCUCUGCUUCCGAUAAGCGCUCUUGCAUGUCUGUAAUGGUCUUCUACUGUGCAGUGCAUUUCUCAGAAGUAGCCGUUUUUGCAAGUUUAAGCUCUUCGAUACUCUUGUAUGCAUGACUCAGAGAGGUUGUUUUCGCGUAUAAUUUUCUCCAGACCAUUGGCUCUUUCGUUUAUCUUUGCAGAGACAGCAUCGACUAUGUUGACCUGUAGUUCACGCAAAGACAAUUAUGUCUUUCUCUUUUUGGGUGCAGGGCUAUUGACUGGAUUUUCAGAAUCAACCGAAUGUCCAGAAUCCUCCAUUGCUUCUCCCGAGGAGUCAGAUGGCGGUUUUUCUCCAAUGUAUGAGUGCUCAGCUAGAAACUGCCUUCUCUUUGCUCUUUAGCACAUUUUUUCUUCCAUUUCUCAAAGUUUCAGAUCAAAUUAGCGGUCAACUAAGCGUUGUUCUCUAUUGUGUUUACUACAAGCCAAGUUCUGUUAACUUGUAUCCCUCUCAAACGUACUUAAAUGUAAGGUUAUUCGGAGCAAGCUGAAAUCUCGUAUGCACUCGCCGCCAUCUUCAGCACCCCCAGUCUUGCGAUGUUGCUCCUCUAGGUUUGGAAACUCUGCUUCACAUAGAACCAUAUGGUAUUCACAGGGUGCUUUGUACACCAAAAUGUCAGUCGGAACCGGUCCAGACCCGCACUUAAUUUCUAAGAAAUAAAGUAAUGAAAAUUGAAUUGAAAAUGAAAUUAUUUGCCUUUAUCGUUUCUGUAUGCUUGUCUAUGUGUUCUUGCAAAGACGAGACAGACAUUUACAGUGACACAAUGCUGCGUUCGAAUGGUAGAAUGUUCAGAUACGUUUUUAUUUCCCGCCACCAGAGCAACACAUUAUGGUUGUCAUGGCAACGUUGUAUGGUAGUAGUGCAUGUCCACUAAGGAGAGUGAAAAGGGAAAUAAAUCGUGGCUGUGGGUGUGGGUAAUCGGUGUAUUUUUAAAUUGUUUCUAAACUUUGCAUAUUGUGGAGAUGAACAAUCCAUUUAACCGGGGACGUUUACGAUAAGGGGUAAUGGCUGCACGAUUAUUUAUUUAUUUUACCUUUAUUUAACUAGUCAGUUAAGAACAAAUUCUUAUUUUCAAUGACGGCAUAGGAACAGUGGGUUAACUGUCUGUUCAGGGGCAGAACGACAGAUUUGUACCUUGUCAGCUCGGGGGUUUGAACUUGCAACCUUCCGGUUAAUCGUGCAACGCUCUAACCACCUUGCCGCCCCGGCAGCAUUAUGCAUGCGGAUAGAAUGACCUGUUGUUAUUUGUUAGUCUAGCUAGCUACUAUGUAGCUAAGUUAGCCAGCCAGUUAAAAAAACUGUCGUGUUGCUAGCUAACCGUAUAGUUUAGCUAUGUCAGGCAACAGUCUUCCGCCUGUGCGAAAUCUACCCCACUGGUCCCGCGUUGGAUGUCUUGACAAGCCUUGCUUUCCACUACCACGUCCUUUCCCGUUUAACCACCUUGAACCGUUGUCCGAUUCACCCCGAGGGGACAGAGGGGGAGAGGUCUCAUCUCACCGGGACAUGGAUACUCGCGUUGCAUCGCUUCAGAGGAAUAUUCAGUUCCUGCAACUACAGCACAAGGACACUCUUCAGAAGCUACACGGUGAAAUAGAUGACCUCAGACGGGAAAAUAAAGAGCUGCAGUAUAAGCUGAUCAUGGAGCCUUCAAAGUCUUGCAGAAAAGGUAUUUCUUUAGGAUCAAGCCACCGGAGCACAAGGCCACCAACACAGGGCAGUGAGGCCCAGAGAGAGAGAGUGAUCUACCUGGAGCAACCUUUACAAGACACAUGCCCAUCUCAAGACCCAUGGCUCAGUAUAGCGGGGGACGGUUGUGUGGCUCACGCCUACACUGAGAACACUGGAGUGGCAAAGCUUGAACACGAGUCAGAGUUGAGGGGAGGGCUUAUCACCUCUCUACAACCCCUCCGGAUCCACAGCAGCCCAUCCCAUCCCCCCCGACCCCCCACCCUUCAGGAAUGUGAGGUUAUCAUACGGCAGCUCUACAACGCCAACAGCCUGCAGUCUCAGGAGAUUAUACGUGUGAAGGCUGUCCUCCGAGACAUUGUGUUCAACAAGAAAAUCACUCCUGAGAACUACAUCAUGACAAAGGCCUACCUUGCUGACAGCACCAGCAAGGCAGAGAAGUUUCCCCAACUAGCACUUCAACCACUUCCCAAGAGAAUGUCUGGGAACCAGGCAGGGGUGACAGAGAGGGUGAUCCUCCCAGCCCUCAAACAGCACCUGAGCUCCAGCAUCGCAGAGAGGCAGAAAAGGACCCAGGCUGUACAGAGGAGCAGGCUGAGGAGAACAGUGCAUUGAGAGGGACAAAGAGUACAGCAGGCCAGCCAGCACCACAGAACCAAAGCCUCUUUAAAUAAGAUCAGGACCAGUUCCUAUUAUGGCCAUUGAAGGACUUCAAUUACCACUGAAUGAAUGUUAACAGUACCUGUCAAAAGUUUGGACACACCUACUAAUUCCAGGGUUUCUUUAUUUUUACUAUUUUCUACAUUGUAGAAAUACAUCUACAUUGUAGAAAAUAGUGAAGGGAAAAGGGUAUCAGUUGUCCAACUGAAUGUAUUCAACCGAAAUGUGUCUUCCGCAUUUAACCCAACCCCUCUGAAUCAGAGGAGCUACCUUAAUUGACAUCCACAUCUUCGGCGCCCAGGGAACAGUGGGUUUACUGCCUUACUCGGGCAGAACGACUGAUUUUUACCUUGUCAGCUCGGGGAUUCAAUCCAGCAACUUUCCAGUUACUGGCCCAACACUAACCACUAGGCUACCUGCAUAUGGAAUCAUGUAGUAACCAAAAAAAGUGUUAAACAAAUCAAAAUAUUUUGAGAUUCUUCAAAAUAGCCACCAUUUGUCUUGACAGCUUUGCACACUUUUGGCAUUCUCUUAACCAGCUUCAUGAGCUAGUCACCUGGAAUGCAUUUCAAUUAACAUGUGUGCCUUGUUACAAGUUAAUUUGUAGAAUUUCUUUAAUUCUUAGUGCGUUUCAGUCAAUCAGUUGUCACAACACAAGGUAGGGGUGGUAUGCAGAAUAUAGCCCUAUUUGGUAAAAGACCAAGUCCAUAUUUUGGCAAGAACAGCACAAAUAAGCAAAGAGAAAACACUCCAUCAUUACUUUAAAACAUGAAGGUCAGUCAAUCUGAAAAAUUAAGAACUUGCAAGGUUUCAGUCAAGCUGCAAAAUUAAGAACUUUGAAACUUUCUUCAAGUACAGUCGCUAAAACCAUCAAGCGCCAUGAUAUGACCACCACAGGAAAGGAAGACCCAUAAUUACCUCUGCUGCAGAGGAUAAGUUAGAAUUCACCUCAGAUUGCAGCCCAAAUAAAAUCUUCAGGGUCCAAGUAACAGAAAAAUCAACAUCUGUUCAGAGGAGACUGUGUGAAAUCAGGCCUUCGUGGUUGAAUUACUGCACAGAACCACUACUAAAGGACACCAAUAAAAAGAAAACACUUGGCCAAGAAACAUGAGCAAUGGACAUUGGAGAUCUGCCCUUUGGGCUGAUGAGUCCAAAUGUGAGAUUUUUGGUUCUAAUCGCCAUGUCUUAGUGAGACAGAGUAGGUGAACCAAGGAGGAGAGUGAUCACCCGACCUCAACCCAAUUGAGAUGGUUUGGGAUGAGUUGGACCGCAGAGUGAAGGGAAAGCAAUCAACAAGUGCUCAGCAUAUGUGGGAACACCUUCAAGACUGUUGGAAAAGCAUUGGUGUGGCAAGUGGUUAGAGCGUUGGACUAGUAACCGAAAGGUUGCAAGAUCGAAUCCCCGAGCUGACAAGGUUAAAAUCUGUCUUUCUGCCCCUGGACAAGGCAGUUAACCCACUGUUCCUAGGCUGUUAUUGAAAAUAAGAAUUUGUUGUCAACUGACUUGCCUAGUUAAAUAAAGGUACAAUUAAAAAAAUACACAAUUCCUAAUGAAGCUGGUUGACAGAAUGCCAAGUGCGUGCAAAGCUGUCAUCACGGUGGCUACUUUGAAGAAUCUCAAAUAUGUUUUGAUUUGUUUAACACUUUUGGUUACAACAUGAUUCCAUAUGUGUUAUUUCAUGUCUUCACUAUUAUUCUACAAUGUAAAAAUACUAAAAAUAAAGAGCAGAAAAGUA